CGCGCGCGGGGGACGUGUGCGGGCGUCUCCGCCAUCUUGUGAGUCUAUAACUCGGAGCCGUUGGGUCGGUUCCUGCUAUUCCGGCGCCUCCACUCCGUCCCCCGCGGGUCCGCUUGGUGUGCCAUGGACGGCAUUGUCCCAGAUAUAGCAGUUGGUACAAAGCGGGGAUCUGACGAGCUCUUCUCUACUUGUGUCACUAACGGACCCUUUAUCAUGAGCAGCAGCUCAGCCUCUGCAGCAAAUGGAAAUGACAGUAAGAAGUUCAAAGGUGACAACAGAAGCGCCGGUGUCCCCUCCAGAGUGAUCCACAUCCGCAAGCUCCCCAGUGACGUCACCGAAGGGGAAGUCAUUUCCCUGGGGCUGCCCUUUGGGAAGGUGACCAACCUCCUGAUGCUGAAAGGGAAGAACCAGGCCUUCAUUGAGAUGAAUACCGAGGAGGCCGCCAACACCAUGGUCAACUACUACACCUCGGUGACGCCCGUGCUGCGUGGCCAGCCCAUCUACAUCCAGUUCUCCAACCACAAGGAGCUCAAGACCGACAGCUCCCCCAACCAGGCUAGGGCCCAGGCGGCCUUGCAGGCAGUGAACUCGGUGCAGUCGGGAAACCUGGCCCUGGCCGCCUCGGCCGCCGCUGUGGAUGCGGGGAUGGCGAUGGCCGGGCAGAGCCCCGUGCUCAGGAUCAUCGUGGAGAACCUCUUCUACCCCGUGACGCUGGAUGUGCUGCACCAGAUCUUCUCCAAGUUCGGCACGGUUCUGAAAAUCAUCACCUUCACCAAGAACAACCAGUUCCAAGCUCUGCUGCAGUAUGCGGACCCCGUGAGCGCCCAGCACGCCAAGCUGUCCCUGGAUGGGCAGAACAUCUACAACGCCUGCUGCACGCUGCGCAUCGACUUUUCCAAGCUCACCAGCCUCAACGUCAAGUACAACAACGACAAGAGCCGGGACUACACACGCCCAGACCUGCCCUCCGGGGACAGCCAGCCCUCGCUGGACCAGACCAUGGCUGCGGCCUUCGGUGCACCUGGUAUAAUCUCAGCCUCUCCGUAUGCAGGAGCUGGUUUCCCUCCCACCUUUGCCAUUCCUCAAGCUGCAGGCCUGUCUGUUCCUAACGUUCACGGAGCCCUGGCCCCCCUGGCCAUUCCAUCGGCAGCGGCGGCAGCAGCGGCGGCAGGCCGGAUUGCCAUCCCAGGCCUGGCAGGGGCAGGAAACUCUGUCUUGCUGGUCAGCAACCUCAACCCAGAGAGAGUCACACCCCAAAGCCUCUUUAUUCUUUUCGGCGUUUACGGAGACGUGCAGAGGGUGAAGAUCCUCUUCAACAAGAAGGAGAACGCCCUGGUGCAGAUGGCCGACGGCAGCCAGGCCCAGCUAGCCAUGAGCCACCUGAAUGGGCAUAAGCUGCACGGGAAGCCCAUCCGCAUCACGCUGUCCAAGCACCAGAACGUGCAGCUGCCCCGCGAGGGCCAAGAGGACCAGGGCCUCACCAAGGACUACGGCAACUCGCCCCUGCACCGCUUCAAGAAGCCGGGCUCCAAGAACUUCCAGAACAUCUUCCCGCCCUCGGCCACCUUGCACCUCUCCAACAUCCCGCCCUCGAUAUCCGAGGAAGACCUCAAGAUUCUCUUCUCCAGCAACGGCGGGGUCGUCAAAGGGUUCAAGUUCUUCCAGAAGGACCGCAAGAUGGCCCUGAUCCAGAUGGGCUCCGUGGAGGAGGCGGUCCAGGCCCUCAUCGACCUGCACAACCACGACCUCGGCGAGAACCACCACCUGCGGGUCUCCUUCUCCAAGUCCACCAUCUAGGGCGGGGCGCCCUCGGCCGGCUCCCUGGCGACAACUUCCAUCAUUCCAGAAAAAAGCCACUUUAAAAAGCAGCUGAAGUGACCUUAACAGACCAGAGAUUUUAUUUUUUUAAAGAGAAAUCAGUUUACCUGUUUUUAAAAAAAUUAAAUCUAGUUCACCUUGCUAACCUUGUGGUGACGGUGACAGCUCAGGCUCUCGGUGACUGCGGCAGGAGUUCACCGGCCCCCGUGCCUGGGGCCAGACCACGGGCCGUGCCUUGCCGGGCGUGUCGGGCGUGGGGCCUGCAGGUGGGCGCCCCAGACACACCUGGCCUUCUGUGCCUUACAAACCUGCUCCUGCGGCCGCACACCCACCCUGCAUCGGGGCGCCGAGGGGGUGGGUCACACCGUGGUGAGUGCAGAGCGGCCUCCGCAGGCUCCUGCAGGAUCAUGUGCCUGAGGCGUGGCAGGAGCCCUGCGCCCCAACACCCCCACCUAAUCAAGUGACGUGAUUCUCCCCCAGCCCCCACCUAGGUGCCCCCCAGGCCGAGGGCACCGUCCUGUCGCUUCUUCAGCUUGGGAGCUUUUCAUCGUAAUCUUUGUAUUAUACUUUGAUGCAGUUGCAGACAUCUGUGCCUAGCAAUAUUUCCAGUUGACCAAAUAUUCUAAUCUUUUUCAUUUAUAUGCAAAAGAAAUAGUUUUAAGUAACUUUUUAUAGCAAGAUGAUACAAUGGUAUGCGUGUAAUCUAAAUCUCCUUCUCGUGGUAUUACCUUGUAUACUGUGCUUUUAUUUUAUUCUUUGUAAUUAAGUCACAGGCAGGACCCAGUUUCCAGAGAGCAGGGGGGCCAGCCCUGGGCACAGGCAGCCCCAGGUCCUUCCUGGGAACCCCUCAGGGAGGGGCCCCUGCUCCCACCUCCAGUUGCCUUACUCCGCCUCACUUGUAAUUGCCUAGAAACAAGCUCUCAGACUUUUCAGGGUUUUUUUUUUUCUUUUCCUUCAAAUUUUGGACCAAAGUUUCGUUGUUUUUUGUCUGCCUCCGAUGCUGGGACCCAGAUGGUGGGACAGGCGUCCCGAGUCUUAACUGUUCCGUCCUCCGGCCUGUGCAGGGCUGGGGGGCCCUUGGAUCCCAGAGUUUCCAUAAAGGAGUGUUAACAAGGGUGUAGAUAUUUAUAAUUUUUUAUACCUGUUGUAGGACGUGAGGGGCAGCAACACGUGGUUUUUUACGGUGACACAGAUGUAUAUUUUGAUACCAGCGAUUCCGAUUCCAGGCUCAGUAUUGUGACGUGGAGCGAGCAGUGACCACAGCACAUUCCAUUGCCCGUCCCGAUGGCGUGUAAUGCAGAAAGAACUCGAUUAAAACAGUUUUAUAACAAAUUUUACCUUUUCUGUAGACCUCUUUAUUGCUGUUCACAUUGUAGAAGGCCCUUGGGCCGGUCUGUACUUGGACUUUGAAUAAACUCCUCUGUACCCUGCGCUGGUUUCCCUCUU